UGUUUAUGGUUUCUAUUUACUAAUCUAUACUGCAUUAUGUGUUUUUCUAUUUUAGCGUCAGUUGUAGCAUUUUACCUGUUUCUUUACGGGAAACCCUAUGAAAGAGGAUUCUUUUGUGAGGACACAUCUUUAAGUUAUCCAUCCAUACCUGAGACUAUUUCAACACCUGUUUUAAUUGUUGUAGGAUUAACAAUUUCUUUAUUACUGGUAAUAACUGUCGAGGUUUUGAAUUAUAUUGAUGUCAAAUGCCAAUCAAGAUAUCAAUGUUCAGCCGAUGUUAUUUUUUGUGUGAAGAAUUACAUUGUGUUUAUGAUCGGGUUCCUUAUACAAGAAUUAUUUGUUGACGCUAUGAAAAACAAAAUUGGUGCAUUAAGACCAAACUUCUUCGAUGUAUGCAAACCACAGUUUAACACAACAUUAUGUCCAGGAUAUAUAUCAGAAUACGCAUGCGCCGGAAGUGACAAUACAGAAAUCAGAAGCAGCCGACAAUCCUUUCCUUCUGGACACUCGUCAGUAGCCAUGUACAUAGCUUUUUAUUUUUCCAUGUAUAUAGAACACCGUUUAAACAUACGAUAUACCAGAUUGUUGAAGAUCUUUAUUCAAUUUGGACUAAUAUUAGCUGCAAUUCUAUGUGGUUUGGGGCGUAUUAGAGAAAACAAACAUCAUUCUUCAGAUGUCAUUGCAGGAUUCAUAUUAGGCUUAGCGGUUGCAAUAUUUGUUCAUACUGUUCUGUGGAAGAAGUAUGUGAGGGAAUCAAGAGUCACAAAUAACAACAAUAUAAACUCAAAUUAUAAAUCAAGUGACUGUUUCGGUUCGUGUCAAAAAUCAACUGACAUCGAUUCACAGACACCAGCCUCUGAACAAAAUGAAUACUUCCAAAGACUUGAAAAUGGCAGAAAUUCAUCAUCUACAAAACUUAUAGAGCUUCAAAAUGAUGAUAAUCAAAAUAUAUUAGUAACAUCAGAAAUACAUGUAUAAUUAAAAUUAUAAUGAAUUAUUACGUGCAAUAUUGUAUUAUGUAUAUAUCAAACUAUAUAUUUGCUAACUUUAUAAUAAUACAUGCUUUUAUAAAUUCAGAAGACAAGUGUUUAUACAACGAAUUUCUUAUAUAGUAAAGGAAUAAAUAAAGAUACCAUCAAAAGCCCACAAUGAUGUUUAUUGAAAAAUGGGUGAAUGUGUAGAAGAAAUAAUAUAUUUAAGUUGUUCCUAGAUUGCAUACAUAUGCUGAUAUUGAAAAUAGGCAUUACUUUAUAAAGUAAUUAUAAUAUUAAUAUGUUAAACAUUUUAUUAUAAUUUAACAAAAGUUCAAACAUUUUCAGAUUGCUUAUUAAGCUUACCAUUUUAUCAAUUCAUGUUAAA